AUGGCCAGCCAGUCCGUCUGGGGAACUGUUGAGAGCCAAUUUCUCAUGCAGAGAUUCACUAUCGUCGGCGCAAACCUACUCUUCCUGUGGGCCCUGUCGCCGUUGGGUGGCCAAGCAUCUCUGCGACUGAUGCAGAGAGAUCAAGAAGCACUUAUGGCUACUAGCAACUUUCAACGCGGUAAAUUUUCUGAAGCCGGCGCUCUAUAUAAUGCAGCCCUGUUGGCACCUCAAGCGAUCAAAAUCGGACGCCAAGACUCAUGGGGAAACGUAAAGAUCCCAAGAUACGAGGUACUGGAUUUGUCCACCAUGGGUGCCGAUGGCUGGUUGGCAGCCCCUUCCACGGUGGAAGUACCGGAAACCUAUGCUGCGUUGGUAGGCCUACCGGUUGCUGGGCUCACAAAUACAGCUGAUUUCAACUUCACGAUGGAAUACAACUACGUAUAUGUCAAGUGUAAUCCUUUCGAACAGCAACCUUAUCCUGGUUUACAUGGCACUGGCGACUCUACUGCAACCAAUUAUACAAAGCUGGAUCUAUUGCUUCCCGGAAAGGUCUGGCUCAAUAAAUCCCAGUCCGACCUACAUCCCUUCGACCUGUUGGGCGGAAGAGCUUCUUUCUUGCUGGAUACCUCCAGGAACUUGGGUUCACAGCCAAUCAGAAACAGCGAACCCCGUGCAGGUGCAGAAAAUGGAAUAAUUAUGGAUCGGUUGGAUGCAUUCGUAGGCCAUCACAACCAAUCUCGAAUCAAUCAGACCGAGAUUGACAGACCAAGGGAGCUGCUCUUUGCUUCGGUCUAUGGCAUUAGCCGUGAUGGGAACGACCAAGGACUCAACAUCGCGCGAUGCACGUUACAUCAGCAACACGUUGAAGCAUUAUGUGCAGUCACCCAGCUCCGAAAGUCGAGAACGGACAAGCGGCCCGACACAUUGACAGCAUUCGAGGCCCUUUCCGUGUUCGAUCCAUUUGCACGCGAAUUUCCUACUGCCAUCAAGUUCAAUGAGGGCUCCAGUCCGACAGAAUUGUUCAUGUCGAAUACCUCAACGUUCCCAUUCGUUCAAAGGGUUGGUCGUCUUAUCGCUACCGAGGCGUACACCGAUCUUUCGAAAGUACCUAUAGAUGAUUUCUCGCAGCGACUGAGCCUAGUUCUCAACACCUACUACCAGCUCAGCACUCAAUCAUCUGGUUACUUUGGUAGCCUGACAAACAACCUGUCGGCAUAUGGACCCGAUACGCUACCAGUGACGGAUGUCAACGUGUAUCUACCCGCCAAUCUAUCGGCUACUGAACACACAUUCACUGAGUGGUUCCUCGAUUUUCAGCAAAGGGUAGACCGCCUGGAGUCACCUUUCAUGGGAGCUACGACUACAGCGAAGAAAACAACAAAAAGAGAGAUUUUUGUCUGCAACUUUGCAUGGCUUGCGUUGCUUCUGUCGUCGUCGACAGUCAUCUUGAUUACCGGCAGCAUGGCACUCAUUCUCAAAAGGAGGACCCUUGGCCCAGAGAUGUUCGGAUUUGUCUCGAGCAUGACGUACGAAAACCCUUGGGUCAAAAUACCUCAAGGCGGAACAAUGUUAGACGCUAUGGAACGAUCAAGGCUCUUGAGGGACGUCGAGGUCCAUGUUGGCGACGUGCGCGGACAAGAGGACAUAGGCCACAUUGCUUUCGCCACCGGUCAUCCCGUGUCCAAAUUACAGAGAGGACGCCUUUACCGUUGA